AUGACUCGCUAUUUCUGCUGCGGAAACUACUUCCCAGGCUACCCUUGCUUUGGAACCAACUUCCACGGGACCUUCAGAGCCACGCCCCUCAACUGCAUCGUGCCUCUGGGUACCCCCAUCAACCACUGCUACAGCUCCCGCAACCACUGCUUUGGAGGAGGCAACUACCAGAACCUGGGCUGUUGCUAUGGUAGCAGCUAUUACAGGCCUUGGGGCUCUGGCUCGGGUUUCGGCUACAGCACCUACUGA